AUGCAGUUCUCUUUGGAGAUGGAAGCCUACUGCGUGUCAAUCGACUUUCAGAGUGCGGCAAGUAUUGAUCGCCUAAUUGAUUACACUGCUGUGAUUUCAUUGUUACUGAGAGCUUUAGGGGGCUCGCCACCGCCGCCGCCGCCGCCUUCUCCUCCUGACAAGGCGAUCCCUUCAGCUCAGGCAGAGGCAGAAGGGAUCCGAGCAGGAGCAGGAUCAGCAUCCUCAGCCCCCACGCACCCGCGGGUAGCAGCUCCGCUCUGCCCGCCGUCUCUGCUGCUCCCCUACAGCUCAGCCCACUGCCGCCCGCUUUGCCCUGUGGCCCGCCGGGGCGCCCGACAGCCGGCCCGCGGGGCGGGGAGCACCUUGCCAACAGCCGCUCCGGCAGCCGCCGCUGCGGCCGCCACCUACCACAUGCCUCCCGGCGUCUCCCAGUUCCCUCACGGAGCCAUGGGCAGCUACUGCAACGGGGGAAUCGGCAACAUGGGAGACAUCCCCUCCUACCCAGACGGCAUGAGGGGCAGCGCGGCGGCCGCAGCCGCCACCGGCUGGUACGGGGCCAACCCGGACCCUCGCUACUCCACAAUCUCCAGGUUCAUGGGGCCGUCCACGGGCAUGAACAUGACGGGCAUGGGGACGCUGACGGGGAUCGCCGAGGCCGCCAAGUCCAUGGCCCCGCUCCAUGCGGCCCCGAGGAGGAAAAGGAGAGUGCUUUUCUCGCAGGCGCAAGUCUACGAGCUCGAGAGAAGGUUCAAACAGCAGAAGUACCUCUCGGCCCCAGAGCGGGAGCACCUGGCUAGUAUGAUUCAUCUCACGCCGACCCAAGUUAAGAUCUGGUUCCAAAACCAUCGGUACAAAAUGAAAAGACAGGCAAAGGACAAAGUCACGCAGCAGCUGCAACAGGAGAACAGCUUGUGCCAGCAGCAGUCUCCGCGGCGAGUGGCGGUGCCCGUGCUGGUGAAGGACGGGAAGCCAUGCCAGAACACUUCCAACACUCCAACGCCCAGCCAGGCCGGUCCGCAACAGCCGCCGCCGCCCAGCGGGGCCAAUGGUGUGCUUCCCUCGUCCAACAGCGCUGUCCAUCAGCACCAAAACCCACAAGUUAACUCCUUAACCCAGGCACCUGACCUGGAAGAGAUGUCCCCCAGCCCGCCUUCCCUUCACAACCAAGUCACUAACCUGGCUCAAAUGGACGCGACCACUGUCGAUUACAACAGUGGCAUGGUCAACCCGAACCUGCUCUAUGGCAGGACAUGGUAA